GCUGCUUGCGUAAUCCGAUCCACUUUUGUGCGUUCUAGAGGCCGCAGCGGGCUCGUGUGGCGGCCUUGAUUUGGCCAGCAGCUCGGAGAGCACAGCGGCCUGAGACGCGGAGUGCUCGCCCAAAACGCCCCACAGACAUUAAUCUGGGAAGAACCCGGCGGUGCUGGAGAUUGCCACUGGGUGUAUACGAAAGCUCGAGUACCGCUUGGCGAUCUUGGAUAGCGCCCGGCGGCAAAAACGCUGCGCACAGCAUGCAGAGCGCCCGGGCAGUGCGACGCGCGAUGCGCUCCGCACACCGCAGCGCUCACGCCAGGCACCCAGGGCACCUCACGCGGCGCGGCACGCGUUCCGGUGCGGCAUUUUCCGUCACGACGACGACGGACGGCGCCGGCGUCGCGGCCGCGACCGCAUGCGCAGCGGCCGCCGCCGCGCUACUGCUGCGCGACGACGCCGCAGAUGCACACUGCGACGCCCAAACCUUCGCGGGCCAGUGGGCCGCCGUCGUGACCGAAUUCGACGCCUCCGGCGCGGCGUCGACGAAGAACGUCGAUAGGUACGCGGCGCACCUGCGGCGCGAGGGCUGCGUCGGCGUCUUCGUCUGCGGCACGUCGGGCGAGAGCAUGUCGCUGAGCGUCGGCGAGCGCGAGCGGCUCGCGGAGGCCUGGGCGGCGAGCGGCGCGCGCCACGGGCUGCGCGUCAUCGUCCACGUCGGCUGCGACGCGUUGCUCGACGCGGAACGGCUGGCGCGACAUGCUGCCUCGGUGGGCGUAGAUGGCGUGAGUGCAAUGGCGCCGCGCUUCGUGAAAUGUGAGAACGCCGACGCCCUGGCGGCGUACUGCGCCGCCGUGGCACGCGCGGCCCCGGCGACGCCGUUCUUCUACUACCACUUCCCGCUGGCCACGGGCGUCGCCACGAAGCCGUCGCAGCUCGUGCGCGCGGCCUUGGCGCGGAUCCCGACGUUCGCGGGCAUGAAGUACAGCGACGCGGACAUGUGGGAGUACGGCGAGUGCUGCGACGCGGACGCGGCCGGUCGGCUGGCGUUCCUGCCGGGCUUCGAGGCCCAGACGCUCGCGCACCUGCCCUACCACCCCCAGGACGCGUACGGCGCCAUCUCGCUCUCGUUCUCGGUGUUAGCGCCCCUGCACCGCGACGUGGCCGACGCUUUUUAUGGACAACGCGGCGCCGAGGCGCACGCCCUCCAGGCGACGUCGCGCGGCUUCUUCCGCGCGGUGACGCCGUUCGGCUGGACGCAGGCCGUCAAGCUCGCGCUCGUCGACCGCGGCGUCCUCGACUCGCCGCUCUGCCGCGCGCCGUCGCGGAACCUGUCGCCCGACGAGCGGGGCGCGCUGCGGCGCGUGUUCCGGGACCUCGCGAAACGCGAGCCCCGGUAUUUUGGGGGGCUCGUCGGGGACUAAAAAGUUGUGUAAGAC